CUGUAACGGUCACCUCUUCUACAGAAUUCUCGCAUUUAAGGAAAAAAAGAAAGAAGAUGGACGGUUAUACGCCACGUGUCACUUCUUCUUUCUAAAACAUUCUUCGCGCAUUACGUGCCCGUGCACGAUAAGUCAACUAAAAAUCCCUUACAAAAAUCCAAUUUCCCCUUCUCUUUCCACAAAAUUACACAAACUGCCACUGUUGUUAGCCCCAACAAUGGCUACUCUCUCCCUCCAACCUCACUACUCGCCUCUCCGAUUCCGUAGAUUCCAUCUCAGUGGUUUCAAUCUCAAAGCUGUGCCGAGAUUUUCCCGCCAAAUUUACGGGAAAAGAGUUAGGGUUUCGACGAGUAUUUCGAGAGGAAAUGCGAAGAUUAGAGGAAGAUUUGGAGGGUUGUCGGUUUCUUGUUUCUCUAAAAUGGAUGCUGAGAUUGAGAAGGUUUCAUCGGAAGAGAAAGAAGAAGAAGAAGAGCGGCCUCCUUUUGAUAUCAAUCUUGCUGUUAUUCUUGCUGGUUUUGCUUUUGAAGCUUAUACAACUCCGCCUGAAAAUAUAGGGAGGCGUGAAAUUGAUGCUGCAGAUUGUAAGACUGUUUAUCUCUCAGGGUCAUUUGUACGAGAGAUUUAUGAUGGCCAAUUGUUUAUAAAGUUAAAAAAGGGUUUUGAUUUCCCUGCUAUGGACCCAUGGGGAACUAGUGAUCCAUAUGUUGUAAUGCAAUUGGAUGGUCAAGUUGUCAAAAGCAAGACUAAAUGGGGGACAAAGGAGCCAACGUGGAAUGAGGACCUCACCUUUAAUAUUAAACUUCCCCCUUCGAAAUAUAUUCAGGUUGCUGCUUGGGAUGCAAACCUUGUGACUCCUCAUAAGCGCAUGGGAAAUGCAGGCAUUAGUCUAGAAAACAUCUGUGAUGGAAACUUGCAUGAAGUGCUGGUGGAGUUGGAAGGAAUGGGAGGUGGAGGCAGGUUGCAGCUUGAGGUUAAGUAUAAGAGUUUUGAAGAGAUUGAGGAAGAAAAAAUUUGGUGGAAACUCCCCUUUGUUUCAGAAUUUCUUCGGAGAAAUGGAUUUGACUCUGCUCUAAAAAUGUUUGUUGGUAGUGAGUCUGUGUCUGCACGGCAGUUUGUGGAAUAUGCCUUCGGACAGUUAAAGUCUUUCAAUGAUGCAAAUUUUUUGAAGGAGCGUUUGUUAAAUGGUAAUAAGAUUGGGGUUGAAGGUGUCAGGAAUUCCAAUGAUUCUUCUGUGUCAGAGAUGUCUUUCUCACAUGUGGAAAGUAGUCCAGAAGCCACUUUUAGUGACACUAGUAACAACAGUGAGAAUAAUUCAGAGGAGUUCCAAUUGGAUAAUUCUGGCAUGGCUAAUGGGCAGAACGCUAAACCAGUAGCACAAAUUGGUAAUAUGCAGUUUGAUAAUUACUUCUGGAAGAACGUUGCAGAUGUUAUCAAUCAAAAUGUUGUUCAGAAACUUGGAGUUCCUAUUCCAGAGAAAUUAAAGUGGGAUGGAUUUGACUUGUUAAACAAAAUUGGCCUGCAGUCCCAAGAAAUUGCAGAAGCAAAAUAUAUUGAAUCUGGGCUUGCAACUCCAGAUUAUCAAGAUACUCAAGGUGAUAAUGUACCUGAAUCUGGGUCUGCAACUCGUGAAGAUCCGGAAAAUAAGAACGAUAAAGCGAUUGGACCACUUACCAUUAACACUAUACAAUCUUCUCUUCCAGACAUAAAGAAGGCAACGCAGGAUUUACUAAGACAGACAGAUUCCAUUUUAGGAGCAUUAAUGGUGUUGACUGCUGCAGUUUCUCAGUCCAAGAAGGAAGGACAGGAGAAUGAAAAUAAAGAAGACUUCUCUACUAAUGUGGAAACCAGUGUCUCUAGGUACAGUGGUGGUGAGAAGCUCCCUAGAACACUGGAUGGUUCAGUAUUAAAUGAGAAGAAGACUGAAGAAAUGAAAGAACUCUUUUCAACUGCUGAAAGUGCUAUGGAAGCCUGGGCAAUGCUUGCCAGUUCCCUGGGCCAUCCAAGUUUUAUCAAAUCAGAAUUUGAGAAACUCUGUUUUCUGGAUAAUGAAACCACAGAUACCCAGGCUGCAAUUUGGCGUGACUCAGCAAGGAGGCGAUUAGUUGUUGCUUUUAGGGGGACUGAACAAGCAAGAUGGAAGGACUUACGGACGGAUUUAAUGCUUGUUCCUGCUGGGCUAAACCCUGAAAGGAUUGGUGGAGACUUCAAGCAAGAAGUCCAAGUUCAUAGUGGAUUUUUAAGUGCAUAUGAUUCUGUUAGGAUAAGGAUUAUCUCCCUCAUCAAGGCAUCAAUCGGAUAUAUAGAUGAACUUUUGGAGCCACAGCACAGAUGGCAAGUUUAUGUGACCGGUCAUAGUUUGGGUGGUGCACUAGCUACUCUUCUUGCUCUUGAACUUUCAUCAAGUAAAUUAGCAAAAUGUGGGGCAAUUUCAGUGACUAUGUAUAACUUUGGUUCUCCUAGAGUUGGUAACAGAAGAUUUGCAGAAGUAUAUAAUGAGAAAGUUAAAGAUAGCUGGAGAAUUGUUAACCACAGAGACAUUAUACCUACAGUCCCUCGUUUGAUGGGUUAUUGUCAUGUGGCUCAGCCUGUUUAUCUUGCUGCUGGGGAACUAAAAGAUGCUUUGGAAAAUAUGGAGCUUUGGAAAGAUGGUUAUCAGGGUGAUGUUAUCGGGGAGUACACACCAGAUGUUCUUGUCACUGAAUUUAUGAAAGGAGAAAUGGAACUGAUUGAACAGAUAUUACAAACUGAAAUCAACAUAUUUCGUGCAAUACGCGACGGGAGUGCACUUAUGCAACACAUGGAGGAUUUCUACUACAUCUCACUGCUAGAGACUGUGAGAUCAAAUUACCAAACAGUUGCAAGCUCGAGGAAACUUGAAGAAGGAAGCAGCCAAAGCUGAUAAGACAUUUUUUACAACAAUUAUCAGAAAGUUAUAGCAGACCGCAAUGAAUGGCAUCCUUCAGGUUUUUCCCCUUUCUAAUUAUAUUUAUUGUACAGUGAUCAAUUUUCAUAGAACUAGACUAAGUUGUUUCUCUUCUCUUUUAUAUAUCGUCAGACUUUUUCUUUUUCCCUUUUAUAUAAUGGUUGACUUAAAAUA